AUGCAAAGUUCAGCUGAACACACGCGAACCGCGCCAUCACUGCGACGUUGUUCCCAAAAGGGGAAUCCCGUCCGGAAAAGGAAGGUGGAUGGGUUGUUGCUUGCGCCGGCGAUGCCGCGUGCAGGGAGGACAAGGGAACACCCAAAUGCGGCUGUCUCCUUGUUCGCGGACACUUAUCAAGUGGAAUGGAGAGAGUGGUCCUUCGCUCAAGUCGGUCGCUCCAUUCCAUUCCAUUGCAACAUGCACUGCAAACUGUUGAUCUCCCUCUUCAUUUCCAUCGUUGCUCUGCGUGCAUCCUCUGCACCUAUAUCCGUAGAUGGCCUGACCAACCCUGAGAACCCUGCCGCACCUACCGUCGACCUCCGCGAGACAGAACUGACACGAUCGGAACCCGGGAACGAAGAGCGAGGCUGCCGCAUGUGGCGCUGCAUCUAAUCCCGCCCAGUGUGCGCACCGCACUCGAUCCCCCCCUUUCAUCGUGCAUCUGUAUCUAUAAUUCGGCUCCUCGGCUUUCCUUCUCUCGACCAUCGGUCCUCGACCGACAGUCCCACGCUCCUUACAUGCAUCACCCAUCUCAUUGUAUCGAUACUGCCCGUCUGUUGUAUCCACCUUCCGGAGCUUGUCUCCGCUUCUACCUUUUCUUUUUAUCUGCGAGCUCGACUGCUCUAGAUUACCGCACUCCCGGCUUGGCUAUAGCACGACGUCUGUUGUUGUAGUUCAUGCCAUAAUUGAUUCUCUGGGUUUCCUAGUGGAACCUAAGCCUAAC